CGUCCUUUCUUUCUUUCUUUCUUUCUUUCUUUCCUUUGGCCAUGACGUCUCCCUCCCCCGUCGUCAUGCCCGCCUCCCCCGCCCGUACCGCCACCCUCCUCUCCAACCUCUCCGCCGUCUCCUCGCGCGUCGCCGCCGCCGCCGCGAACAGGACCGUCGUCGAAGCCAAGCCCAUCCGCCUCGUCGCCGUCUCCAAACUCAAGCCCGCCGCCGACCUGCUCGCCCUGCAUCAGCCCCCGGCGACGCAGCUCCACUUCGGCGAGAAUUACCUGCAGGAGCUCCUGGAGAAAUCCCGCCUGCUGCCCCCCACCAUCCGCUGGCACUUCAUCGGCGGGCUGCAGUCGAACAAAUGCGCCACGCUGGCGCGGGACGUGCGCGGGCUCUGGGCCGUCGAGAGCGUGGACUCCGAGAAGAAGGCCUCGCUGCUGGAUAAGGGCUGGGCGGAGCGGUCGGCCGACCUGCGCGCCACCGACCCCGACGAGCGACUGCGCGUGUUCGUGCAGGUCAACACCUCCGGGGAAGACAACAAAUCCGGCGUCGACCCCGCCGAGGGCGCCGUGGCGCUGUGUCGCUUCAUUCGUGAAAAGUGCCCGCGCCUGAAGCUGCAGGGCGUCAUGACCAUCGGGGCCAUUGCGCGAUCCAAGGCCACGACUCCCGAAACCGAGAAUGAGGACUUUGUGUGCCUGCGAGAAACCCGCGAUCUCGUGGUCAGUCGGCUGGACCUGCGGGGCGAUGAUGCCCAGUUGGAGCUGAGCAUGGGCAUGAGUGAGGAUUUCGAAGGUGCCAUUGCUUUGGGGAGUGAUGAGGUCCGUGUGGGAACGACCAUCUUCGGCGAAAGACCACCCAAGGAUCAGGCGACGGUUAUUUGAGCCGGGGGUUUGUUUUAUUCUUGUAGGCCACAGCAUCAAUGGGCGGUUGGAGGGAAGAGUCUGAUGAAUUAUGAUAUUGCAUUGUUACGACGGCCAGUGACGGCAAAAUGAUUCUGCAUCGCUGUACAAAAGAAAAAAAGACCAGAAAAGCAAACGACGCAUACUAGUUUGUUGGCUUCUAAGACAAGACAGUGUUGGCCACUGUUCGAAGGUAUUUAUAUAUAGUAUUUGAUAUCAAUGAAACUACCUAACCACCUCGCGUCAAGAGGGAGGUUGGGGCAGAGAAUUGAAAAGGGCCGGG